CGUGAUGUGACACACGCCGCCAUCUUGAAUCUCGCGGUGUUGCGGAGUUCGGUGUGCAACUGGAUCGGCGUUCUCGUCUCUAAAUCCGCAAAUUCACUCAAUAUAUCGGUUUCAAAACACACAAUGUCUGUAGUUGACAAGCUAGAUGCCGCACGGCACUCCAUAACGGGGUCAAAUUUGGCAAAAAUCGCCUGCAAAGCUACAAGCCGCGAAGUUAUGGGUCCGAAAAGGAAACAUGUUGACUACCUUAUCCAAUGCACUAAUACAGACAACGUGUCAAUACCGAAUUUGGCGGAGAUUUUAUUUGAGCGCUGCACUAAUUCCAGUUGGGUUGUCGUCUUCAAAUCUCUUUGCACUUUCCACCAUUUGAUGAGCUACGGGAAUGAGAGGUUUAUUCAGUAUAUGGCAUCUCGCACAACAAGCUUUACAUUACAGGGAUUUUUAGACAAGAGUGGUGUACAAGGCUAUGACAUGUCAACAUUUGUACGUCGCUACGCCAACUAUUUAAAUGAAAAGGCAUGGUCAUACAGAGAGAUGGGGUAUGAUUUCUGCCGCUGCAAGAGAGGGAAAGAAGAUGGAGUUCUGCGUGCUAUGGAUAGUACGAAAUUGUUAAAGGCCCUCCCUGUUCUACAGAAGCAAACUGAUGCCCUACUUGAAGUUGAUAUCAAGUCAACAGAGCUGAGUAAUGGUGUAAUCAACUGUGCAUUUGUGCUGUUAUUCAAAGACCUGAUCCGUCUAUUUGCCUGUUAUAAUGAUGGUGUUAUUAACCUUUUGGAGAAAUACUUUGACAUGCCAAAGAAAGAGUGCAAAGCGGCCCUUGAUAUCUACAAAAGGUUUGUCACACGCAUGGACAGGGUGUCAGAAUUCAUGAAAACAGCUGAAGAUGUGGGCUUUGAUAAGGAGGAUAUCCCAGACCUUAGCAAGGCUCCUAACAGUUUAUUGGAUGCUCUCGAGAACCACUACCAAGCUCUAGAGAAAGGAAAAGCUACCACAGCCUCUCACAAGCCCCUCACGAUACCCUCCAUCACCGUACCAAAAGUUGCAAUUGAUGCAUUUGAGUCUGGCAGUUUCUUGACGAAGUUUGAUGACACAGACACAGAUGUCAAUACCAAACACUUACUAGAGGAGGAGGAAAAACACCUGCAGGCAUUUAAGUCUGCCAAAGAAUCCAACACAUCUGUUCAACUGCCAAAACCACAGGCCUCCCAACCAUCACAGGUCCCCCGGCCACAGGUACCCCAAGCACCCCAACAAUUACCAUGGCAAGCCUCGGCACCAGCACCAGCACCAGCCAAGGCGACGUCACCCAGUGAUGACCUCCUUCAGCUAGAUGCAGCAUUUGCAGUGUCUAUACCACAGGCCACAUCCACUUCUUUCUCGCCAUCAUCUGCAUUCCUGCCAAGCCAGCCCUUCUCAGGGGGACAACAAGCAUUUCCGUCGAGUGGUGGGUUUGGCAGUACAAGUCAGUGGGGAGCCACAAACGCGCCCCCUCAUGGAUUUGAUAGCAACAGGAAUCCAUUUGGAGAGCCUACACAGAGUGAUGCUGACUUCGACCAGGUGUUUGGGGGCAAAGCAGUCGUUGCCGCUCCCUCCGAUGUAGGUGUACUACAACCUGUCGCUGCUAGCAAUGCUGCUCCAAACCUGAUCUCUCAGAGGCAGGCAGAGGAAGAGAGCAUUAAAGGGACUGGAGAUUUACACUCCAGCUUACAAAGAGUGGCCAAGUCACUUGACUCAUUUUCCGUAGGUAACGGCAGUGUGAAAUCUGCAACAGGAAAGACCCAACACCAAUGGACUCCAUCACAGCCUCAAGUUAAGACAGGUGGCCCUAAUUGGCAAAAACAGAACCUGAUGGCAAGCACAACACUCCCACCCUCACAACCUGCAUGGGGCGGAGCUGCACCCGUACCAGGAGCCCAACCUGUGCCCCCUAUGGCCCAGCCCAUGGGCGGCAUGUACAGACCUGGGUUUACACCAGUGUCACAACCAAUGGGACAGGGGAUGUUCCCACCCUCUGGUGGCUUUGGCACUCAGCCAUUCCAAAGAGCCAGUCCACAGCCACAAAUGCCGUCAGACCCAUUCGGUCCAAUCCCAGGAUCACAGGCAAGAUUCUAGUGUACAAAUAAUCCUGUCAAUUCAAGUCAUAUUACAGCAUGCCAAGUGACUCUGCAAUAAGCCACUCCAUGGUAGGGCAGGACUACAGUCUAACAUUGGGUAGUUUUGACAAAGCCAGAAUAUUUUAUCUACCAGGAUUUUGUACUCCAGAAGAUCUUGUAAGCAGGUACUUGGCAAAGGUCCACACUUGAACGUCAAGAUCCCUCUUAUGAGGGCUAGGGUAGAGCAAUGUGAUGACAACUUGGGCAUGAGUGAAAAACAAAUCCCUUAUGCCAAUGCCAAGUUCACUAUGGUAUUUUUUUUAAAAACAUUCGCAAACGUGAACACCAAAGGCAUGCGUGCUCCUUUAUCAAGUUAUGUUUUUUGUGUCAUCUGUGGUAGCACAUAGUCCUUAAGCAUGUAGGCAGUGUCAGAGGUAAGGGUGGAGUUGUGCCUUAGGUGGUUGUUUUGUGGUUUUGACGUUGGAUAUCAACAUAAGACAUACUGUUGGUCAUACAUACUUGAGGGGGGAGGGGAGGGGGACUUUGCAUACAAAUACUUUUCCAUUCUAACCUUGAUCCUCUAUCAAAAUAUGAUGUUCCAUCUAGACAGUCUAUAUUCAACGUUAGUAACCACAAAAAACCAAAGUGUUAGAAUUAUUGUUAGACUCACACUCUAUGGAAAAGGGGUGGAACUGAGUCAAUUUAGCACUUUUACACCAAGUGGUUGCUUUGCCAGGAGGGAUGAAAAAAAAACACUCAAAAGAAAAUAAUUGUCUGUUUGGAUUUGUGACUCCAGAAAUGUUAAAAAAAUCUCACCACUCUUUCCAUUAAAAUGAUAAUUUCAUAAUGUUAUGUACAAACUACAUAUAAGAUACUCCAUGAAAAUAGUCCUACAGUAGACUCCUUUAAUGACAUUUACUCAUUAUGAGGUCUUACUGUAUUAAUGGUGUUCUUAAUAUUUACUUGGUCUUCCUUCAGACACAGACAUAGCUGUCAACUUACCCGUAUUUGGCGGGUGUACUAAGAUUUUGGACCUCAUCAUAAGCCAAUUUUUUUGUGAGAAUGUUCAUGCAUUCUCAGUAUGCACCAGCAUUGGCUCUCUUGGUUUUUUUUUUUUUUUCACAUAUUUACUGUAUUUCACCCAAUGUCACAAGAUUUCUGUCCAAUUUGGGUUGACAUCUAUGUAGUACCGGAGGACUAAAUAAGACGUUAACAAUAAUUUACAAAUGCACAAUAAAGUCAUUCUUGUUUUCCAAGUUUGCAAGCUUUUUUUAGGACCCUGAGCCUCCCCAAUCCCAGUAGUCUAUAAUUUGUGACUAUAAUUUUAAUUUGAUAUUUUUUUACAGUUGUGACCAUGUUUGUUCUUUUGGGUGUGUCCUUUUAAACCAUAUUGCAUAUGGCUUUGUUGUGCUUUGAUUAUAUUGAUGUUGUUAGCAGUUCAAGGCUAGCAGUUGAAGGAAACUGGUUUUCCCAAUACUGUUGAUAAAUAGUUGUUGCUGUUUCAAUAUCCAUAUUUGUCAUCGCAUGGUGUCUGUCCAUUUCCCAACCAGUUGUAUAAUAACACAAUUAAUUGCGCAAAGUACAAUUCAUCCUUAUUAAUUAGUAUCAAUCAGUAAUUAUUGGUCAAACAAACUAAAAGCUGCAUAGUAUAAAUGUGCAACGUUUGUUACUUCUUGUAGUAAAUACACUGGAUUAAAAAUUAAAAUACAAAA